AUGGCUCUGAAGUCACAUUGCUCUCGAGUGGUAAGGUUUGUGCAGCUUAAAUAGCAAAUCACUUUUUACAGUUUUUUACCUUGAGAUUAUGGGAGUGGUAUUUGUCACCAUUAAAUGCUCAUAUGUGUUUGGGAUGUCUUUCAGGUCUCGGCUGUUCCUAGUGCCGGAGGGCCAGACAACCUAAUCCUGCUGGACAGGGAGAAGUAUCGUCCUCACGAGGUGGGGACAGUGGGCUGGGCGGGGAGCAUGUUUGGACCCAUGCAGAAGAGCAGGUUGGGAGAGCAUGAAUUUGAGGCAUUGAUGAGAAUGAUGGAUAAUUUGGUAAGUUUUUAAACACUGGAUAAGAAAAGUUAUGUUUUCUAUAUAAAUAAAAUGCACAAAGUGGAAAAAAACAAUGCUCCAACACCUAGCCAGUUAUAGCUAACAAUAAAAUACAACCACAUCAGUGUAUUCUAUAGAAUACCUUGGGCUCAGGUCCAGGUAUAGAACAUCUGGGUUACCUCCUUGAAUAAUACAAACCCAGUCUUUCAAGAGAACUCAAACAUUUUUUUAACUCACUAGUUAAAAUGUCAAAUUAUUGCCAAUCCUGACUAUUAUUUUAUUAUUAUUUUACCAAAUCUCAUUACUUUUACUAACAACCGUGAGCAUCUUCCACAAACCCGUUGUCAAUUGAAGUUUAUGAGUUCAGGAGUUUGAGUAUGUAAUUCAGGGCUGACGGGUGAUUUCAUUCAUGUGAAUGCAUCUGUGUCUUUGCAUAUACAAUAUCUCACAAAAGUGAGUACACCCCUCACAAUUUUGUAAAUGUUUUAUUAUGUCUUUUUUAUGUGACAACACUAAAGAAAUUACACUCUGCUAUAAUGUAAAGUAGUAAGUGUACAGCCUGUAUAACAGUAAAUUUUCUUUCCCCUCAAAAUAACUCAACACACAGCCAUUAAUGUCUAAACCGUUGGCAACAAGAGUGAGUACACCCCUAAGUGGAAAUGUCCAAAUUUGACCCAAAGUGUCAAUAUUUUGUGUGACCACCAUUAUUUUCCAGCACUGCCUUAACCCUCAUGAGCAUGGAGUUCGCCAGAGCUUCACAGGUUGCCACUGGAGUCCUCUUACACUCCUCUAUGACGACAUCACGGAGCUGGUGGAUGUUAGAGACCUUGCGCUCCCCCACCUUCUGUUUGAGGAUGCCCCACAGAUGCUCAAUAGGUUUUAGGUCUGGAGACAUGCUUUGCCAAUACAUCACCAUUACCUUCAGCUUGUUUAGCAAGGCACUGGUCGUCUUGGAUGUGUAUUUGGGAUCGUUAUCAUGUUGAAAUACUUCCCUGCAGCCCAGUCUCCGAAGGGAGGGGGAUCAUGCUCUGCUUCAGUAUGUCACAGUACAUGUUGGCAUUCAUGGUUCCCUCAAUGAAGUGUAGCUCCCCAGUGCCAGCAGCACUCAUGCAGGCCCAGGCCAUGACACUCCCACCACCAGUUUUGACUGUAUGCAAAACACACUUGUCUUUGUACUCUUUACCUGGUUGCCGCCACACACGCUUGACACCAUCUAAACCAAAUAACUUUAUCUUGGUCUCAUCGGACCACAAGACAUGGUUCCAGUAAUCCAUGUCCUUAGUGUGCUUGUCAACAAACUGUUUGCGGGCUUUCUUGUGUAUCAUCUUUAGAAGAGGCUUCCUUCUGGGACGACAGCCAUGCAGACCAAUUUGAUGCAGUGUACUGUGUAUUGUAUGAGUAUUGACAGGCUGACCCCCCACUCCUUCAACCUCUGCAGCAAUGCUGGCAGCACUCAUACAUCUAUUUCCCAAAGACAACCUCUGGAUACGACGCUGAGCAUGUGCACUCAACUUCUUUAGUCGACCAUGGCAAGGCUUGUUCUGAGUGGAACCUGUCCUGUAAAACCGCUGUAUGGUCUUGCCCACCGUGCUGCAGCUCAGUUUCAGAUUUUUGGCAAUCUUCCUAUAACCUAGGCCAUCUUUAUGUGGAGCAACAAUUCUUUUUUUCAGAUCCUCAGAAAGUUCUUUGCAAUGAGGUGUCAUGUUGAACUUCCAGUGACCAGUAUGAGAGAGUGUGAGAGCGAUAACACUAAAUGUAACACUCUUGCUCCCCAUUUACACCUGAGACCUUGUAAAACUAACAAAUCACAUGAUACCGGGGAGGGAAAAUGGCUAAUUGGUCCCAAUUUGGACAUUUACACUUAGGGGUGUACUCACUUUUGUCGUCAACGGUUUAGACAUUAAUGGCUGUGUGUUAAGCUAUUUUGAGGGGACAGCAAAUUUACACUGUUAUAUAGGCUGUACACUUACUACUUACAUUGUAGCAGAGUGUAAUUUCCUCAGUGUUGUCACAUGAAAAGAUUUAAUAAAAUAUUUACAAAAGUGUGAGGGAUGUACUCACUUUUGUGAGAUACUGUAUGUGUGUUUAUGUAAGAGCAUAUAUAAUAAGGGUUUAACAAAGUGAAAGCCUAGUAUAAAAGUAAAGUAUCAAGGUAGUGAAGGGGUUAACCCUAAAUGCAAGUAUGAUUGAAAAGAGGAAGAAAGAACACUACCUAAAAGAUAUAGUCUAAAAUGUAACUUUUAAUAGUGAAAAAAAAAAAACACAAAGUGAUCAUUUCACACAUUUAAUCUUAGUAAGUCUAGAUAUAUGCAUACCAAGACAUAGAGAUAAUGUGAAAAUGUAAGAUUUAAAAAAAUAGACAGACAGUAUCUAGAUAUCAAAGGUGUAGUUAACAAUGUCUAAAUAGACUUGGAUAUAAGACUCUGAAUAGAAACUGUCUGCUAUUGUGGUUUUCUACUGUUGCAAUUUGUCAAGCCGCCUUACCGGCGAAACGCGCGUCGGGUUUUUUUCGAUCCCUCCUAACACCAAACCUUCUGCAUUUGCAGAGAUUAUUCUUUUAUAAUCUAUAUCUCGGUUAAGAGUUACGUAGACCUUGGGCAUGUCGGGAGGGAAAUUAAGGAUUUAGCCACUCAUAGGGUAUUGACACUAGACAUAUUAAAGGAUAUCGAUUAAGGCUUUAGAUAUCUAGAUGCUAGCCAGUUAGCUUUAUUAUUUGCUAUAUCUACAAGAGAGGUGCCCUUGAAGGCACAGUUAUUUAUUGAGGAUAUAGACAUAUUAUUUCUUUCUUUCUUUCUCUUUCUUUCCUUAUUACUUGCAGUUAGUUCUUCUGUCUGUCAGGUGCCCUUGAAGGCACAGAUAUACCUUUACCUUCUAACUAUAUCUACUUUGGGGUUCUAUAUAACGGAUUACUCCCAGAAGGUGCUAUCUUACAUAUUUAUUUCUCUUCACAUUAUACUUGUGAACACCUAACUGCAGCCUAUAUCUAAUAGUCAAAUUAGCCAAUAUUUUUGUGGUGUCAUACUACUUGAGUGUUAAAUUUCGUUUAUGACCAAUUUGCAACAAAGUCGUUUUCAGAAACUAUGGCAGCAGACGUUUUCUAUUUGCAAAGCUUGAUUAACUAUAACAGAGUACUCUUGACAAAUUGCAACAGUAGAAAACCACAAUAGCAGACAGUUUCUAUCCAGAGUCUGAUACCCAAGUCUAUUUAGACAUUGUUAACUACACCUUUGAUAUCUAGAUACUGUCUGUCUAUUUUUUUAAAUCUUACAUUUUCACAUUAUCUCUAUGUCUUGGUAUGCAUAUAUCUAGACUUACUAAGAUUAAAUGUGUGAAAUGAUCACUUUGUAUUUUUUUCACUAUUAAAAGUUAAAUUUUAGACUAUAUCUUUUAGGUAGUGUUCUUUCUUCCUCUUUUCAAUUAUAUAAUAAAGGUUAUUCAUCAAAGUGUAGGUUUAAAAAUUGAAUUCAAUUUUUAAUUUUAAGCCAAAAAGGUUGAAAAAUAACGUACUUUGAAUUCACUAUAAAUUUCCAACAGUUUAAACAUCAGUGAGUAACUCUGCCAGUGUGUGUUAGUUCCAGCGUUAUAUUUAGUAUGUGGAAAGUGUGUGUGAAUGUCAUGGUAUAUUUUCUAGUAUUGCAGUGUGUGUUAUUGCAGGGGUGUGUUUGUGUGAGGUAGUGUGUGAAUACAGGUUAGCAGUUUUGUAUGCUUGUGUAUGAAUGCAUUUUUACAUUUUGUUUAUCUUUUCGCACCCUGUUAUCAUUUGCAUACUAUCUUCUCUCUCACUUUAAUGUUUCUCACUACACCCCACAUCACUAUUGAUCUAAUUAUUCUCUCUUGCUGGAUCUUCUCAAAGUAUUUUUGUUGUUUCCUUCCUUGACCAUUAAACAAGUAAAAUAAAAAAUUCUACAGACUCAAGUGAGUAACAAAAAUGGUACAAAUUGAAUUGCUGACUUAUAAAAUGAGUGUUCUUAGUGUCAGUGACAAAGAGCUUGCACAACACAUGUCAUUUGUUUCACACACCCUCACGAUUAUCAUUGAUGUCUGCAGAAUGUUCGCAAUGGAACACUAAAGGUAUUUUGUUUUUUCUAUGGGCUCCAACUGCAUACACCACUCUUACCUUUGUUUAGUUUUAACUCCCACACCAUCCUUCUGUUCACACCACGCACAGGUGGCGUGCUGCACAUGUUAUUCAUCUUAAGAAUUAAAAGUAAUACAGCCAUUGUGACAGCCUCUAAAUCUCCAUGUCUACCAGUCAACCUCACCCAUGUCUUAUCUGAUCCACUGAAAUGAACUCUCUCGUGACUAACCAGACAGAUUCCCAUUAAAACCAGUUAACAAUGAUCUAUGCACUGUAAUAGUGCAAUGUAUGGGCUGAUAAUAGUAGUUUUGUCCAAUAUUACAUCCCUGACCACGCAGAACUGUCAUCCAUAUUAAAAUAGGAAUCUUCUCAUGAUUUGAAGCAUAGAGUUUAAACUCAAGCUCAGGAGGGCUCUUGUGGGCAUAAAAUCUAUUUAAAUAAUUUCAAUCGGUAAUCAACAAAAAUCAACAUGAUCUAGAAACACUUUCAAAUCUUCCCCAAGCCUAAAAUCCUUUAAGAGAUCCCUCUCUACAUAUCGCAAAACAGAAUGCACCUGUCAUGGCUAAUUAUAUAUUUUAUUACCUGUUCGAUGUUAAAUUUUGUAUUUAUUGUGUAUUAAUAUUGUUUUCGUAUUUUAUUGUACCAUAAUGUAUCAACGCAAUGUUUUGUGGACCCAGGACAUACUUGAAAACGAGAGAAAUCUCAAUGUAUCUUUCCUGGUAAAAUAUUUUAUAAAAAAAUAAAGCAACAGAUCACAAUUUAAUCUUCUCAUUCAUCCUUUAAGCAUUAACUCUUGGUUUUCAGUCUUCCUUUAGGUCCAUUGUGUUACCAUCAUCCCUGUCCCACAAGCCUGCUGCCACUCCAAGAUUUUCACUCUGACCAUUCUUUCAAUCUUAACAUUCUUUCAAUCUCCAAAACCUGCUCUUUUUGCCUUAAAAAUAAUGCGUGCAUCCCCUUUUUACCAGAAGAUACCACCAAAGCUCUCUUGCUCACUCGUACAUUAUCUGACUUUAUCGCUGUAAUCCAUGGUCCAUCCGUCUCACAUAUGCACAAAUUAACCCCGUACAAUUCAUGAUGCAUGUUUCUUCCAGGCAUUUCUUAACCAUCACUCAUCACAGCUCUCCCCUCUGUCAGUUUGUCUGAUGCAUUCUUUUAUUUUUCAUGAUUUAAUGCAAGUUCUUGGUCUUACUUGCAAAACUCUCCACAAGUGUACCCCAAAUUUAAUUAAUCCCCAGUUAGAAAACAAGUGGAAAAACCGCAUGUUGUAAAUUAUUGAACUUGAGAAGCUGGUUAAUUAGAAGCUGAUGUCCCAUCUGGUGGUUAGGAAAUGGUACUGCAGGUAAAAGUCCUCAGAAACAAGAACUAAUUACAAAAUAAACUGUUACUAUAACUGUAAAGGGAGACUAAUCAGGGUAAAUCCGGCAUUUUUCUGAACUGUAUAUACCAGAUCUCUGUACCUCAAAGGAAAAAAAAAAAGGACCUAGUAAUUAAAAAGUAAAAAGAGAUCUUUUUUUUUCCGUAGUUAGAAUUCACAACAACAAAAAAUUUAGUGUUUACAGCACCACGUAAGUAUGCCUUUAUGUAGGUUACAUAAUACAGAUUAAGGAACAGCACACACAUAAAAAUGCAGUUUUAUAUUUAAUAAGGCUACUUAAAAUCACCUCUCAGCAAACAAAUAUGGGGAUUCAUUUUCAUUAUAUGGCCAUAUUGUGUUAAGCCCACCACUACGCCAUAGUACCAAAAUAUUGGUUACCAGCACAGAAAUUCAGCCUGUAAGGUAAUGCUGAAAUGGCAAACUUUCGUUAUCCCAAAAUAUACUUCUAAAUACAACGUAGAGUAAAGCAAAAAAGUAAACACCUCAUUUUAAAUGUAAUAGCCAAACCCUCAAGCUCAAAAUGUUUUCAAUAAAGAAAAACGAACAAAAGAAGAAGCCUCAGACAUUAUUAAAACCAGUAGUAAUUUAUAGCUAAACUAUGUAAGAAGGCAGAAUUGAUACUCAGCAGAGCCUUGUAUGAUAGAACAUACUGGUUCGCAGCUUAAAUGGUUACACCCACAAAACAAACACUGGUUUUUGGUUAUAGACUAACCCUUUUUUCAGUGCUCCACCCCAAAUUUAAAGAAAAAUUAGAACUUAAACAAGAAGUUAACUUAACAAAAAAUAAACCACUUUAAAGAAAAUAAAAAAAAAUACUAAAAAUUAUCUCUGUUCUAUCCCGAGUCCAAGUUCUCCAUUGUCCUCCCUUCAGUCUGUCCUGGACGGAGGUCAGGUAGGAUGGACUGAGGCAAUGCCAUCUUAACACAUGGGCACGCUGGGCAGUUGUCCAGGGCCCACAGUACUCACUAUGGGGCGGAUUACUCAUGUGUGCCCCUACACUUUCUCCGAAUUUGGAAGAAGCCGGCACUCCUGUCAGGUCAGUUAGGCUGUGGACUGUACGCUGUUCAAGAAUGGGCGCCACAGCUGAAGGAGUAUCAGACCACCUCCACGGCCCACACAGUAUACAGGACAGCACAAGGGUGCAGCUUUCACGCACCCCUGCCACCUACCCUGUGCCAUAAGUAGCACAUGGCAGCAAGACCUGAGUUCUCAGAGCAGAGCAAGUAUCACUCUGACUGAAAUGGCCUGCUUUCAACUGCCCCCAGAAUGUGAGGAAUGAGGGAAGGCUGCUUGCUGUGUCUGUUUAGCAGUCUGUUUGUGUAGUUUUCCAGAGUUUUCUCCUAUUUUUUUUAAGUGAAUCUCACACAGUACAAAUAUACAGCAAUUGUCACAGCCUGUAAAAUAUUAGAAACAUAUAGACUAAUUGGAUAUAGUGCUUUGUAAUGUUAUAGUAGUCUUAGUAAGUUACACAAGUGUUGCCUCCUAUAGCACAAAUAUAAUAAGAGUAAAGAAGAAACAACAGUAGUAAUGUUUAGUAUAAUUAUGCAGUCAAAGGAUUCUUCCCGGGGGCCUAUGGUGCUGCUAAGACGUCCUGGACUGAGGGAAGGCACAGGUGGGAGGGGUGCCAUUGGCAUGGUGUGUGUGUGUGUCAGAUACCACUUUUUCACAGAAUUGACAUUAACCAUUCAUUUAGAUUUCUUUAUUGUUAUGCAAUACUAGGUAUGCUGUCUGUAUGCUAUUACUGCUCAUAUAAAACUCAUGUUGCCCUUCGUUAUUUGUCAUUUUGUAGGGUUACCGCACUGGAUAUGCUUACAGACACCCAUUUGUCCAAGAAAAAACAAGACAUAAGAGUGAUGUGGAGAUCCCGGCCACUGUUACUGCCUUUGUUUUCGACGAAGAAGGUGUUCCUCUCUCCACACUACGUCAACAUGCUCAGAAGCAGCAGAAGGAGAAGACUCGCUGGCUUAAUACACCAAACACUUAUUUACGGGUCAAUGUAGGCGAGGAAAAUGUAGGAAGCCCCAGGAGCAAGACCACAGUAAGCUCCCAGUGACAAGUCAGGGAUACCGAGUAGCACUUACAAUAUUUUUUUAGGGGGAAUAUCAUGAACGGUGGCGUUAACAGUUUUGUGAAAAUUGUUUUGUGACUUAUAAGUGUGGCUUGUGAUCAAGGCUCGCAUUGCCCAAGUACACACUGACUCUGUGUUUUUGUAUAGUGGUUGAAAGCAGAUGAGGUGGUGAAGCCUAGCAGUGGAAUGCCUAUCCGUAUUGAGAAUCCCAAUCAGUUUGUUCCACUGUUUACAGAUCCUCGUGAAGUCCUCGAGACAAGAAACAAGGUGGGUUAAAAGCAGUCUCUGUAUGUCUUUCCUGAUAAGGCCCGUGCAUGACAAUGAAUCUUAAUAAAACUUUUAGUAAUAUGCACAGAUUUUCUCAUGUGUGAAAUAUAUAAAAUCAACACAAAUAAGGAUUAUUUCUAAAAGAACAAUUCUGGGGUAAAUCGCUUAACGUAAGUUAACCACCUAGAAUUGCCAUCUUGUUUCCAAUGUGAUUUCUGAACAUACAUUAGACUUUUGCCCUUGAACUACUCUAUUUAAUUCCCACUGUCUUAUAUGUUACAUAAAAGUAUAUAUAAACCUGCAUUCCUAAUGUUAUAAUGUCCUAUCUGCAGAAUUGUUUUAGGUCCUUUUUUAGGUUUUUAAUUGCCUUUACUCCAGCACCAAGACUCCCUCCGUUCUUCCAGCCACUCCUCCACCCGAGACGUUAUCUGGCUCUCGAACUGAUGGCCAAUCCAAUGCUCCUCAUAGAGGAGCAAUUAAAACUGAGGAACAUGUGCAGCGUGUGCAUGCAAAUGCUACUUAUGGGUAACCAUUGGACUCAAUGCUUUCCUGUGAGUUGCAACCUCAAGAAACUGGGUCAUAGGUCAUAGGUGUUUCGUUGGAGAAUUAAAAUGACAGGACGACUGCACCCAGCACUCUUCUUGAAGUUUUCUGUGUGAGAUGAAGUGAUCUGUGUGACUUUAGUGGUCCUUAAAUUCUGGUAAUCUUUGUGGCUGUUGUCAAUGUCUCAUACUUUGGGUGUAUAGUCUGUUCAUCGUAAUCGUAAGCUGUCGUAAACUCUCACAUUUGUUAACAUUUCUGUGAUCAUCAUGAAUACAAGCUAUACAUUUUUGAAAACUAUAAAAAAUUGUCUAGACCAGAGCCUAAAAUUUCAAAUUCUACGUUACUAGUCUGGCUUUUACUUGCCAGUAUCCAUGAUAUACUUACCCUGAUCUAAAUAUUCCAAAUCCAUAUAUACGUGCAUCACAAAUAUGUUAAUAUUACAAGUCAGUGGUGCAGGGGAGGGGGAGUUGUGCCAUCAACAAUGACAUGCAUGUUCCGUUCCAGGUCUGAAUCCUGCUGUAGUGUUCAUGCAUGGGCAAAAUGCUCUGUGUUUGCAUUAUAAGGUGCAAGAGAAUUUGAUGAGAUGCUUGUGCUAUAGUUGGUGAAAACCUGUCUCUGCUGCCCCAAUACGUGUGACACCAGAGUACAAACAGAUGGUGCUACCAGACUGUGUUGUACCGGUAUGAGGAGGCUACUUGUGGUGUCACGUUAGUGUGUAGAAACUUUUUAUGGAGGAGGCUGCUUGUGAGACUGCUUAUGUGUGUGGAGGAUGCUUACUUGUGGGCUUGCUCUUGUAUGUCGGAGAGGCUAUUUGUGAAGUUGUGCAUGCGUGGAGGAGCUAUUUGUGGUGUAGUAUGUGUGUAUGUUUGAAGGGAGCUGUUUGUGUUAUAACAUGUUUGGAUAGAGGCUGUAGUGUGCGUAAAGAGGGUAUUUAAGUGGUAUGUGUAUGUGUGUGGGAGUUAAGGUAUACAUAUGGGGCUGUAGUGUGUGUGUGCGUAUGCAUGGAUAGGAGCUGUAGUAUGUUUGUAUAUAGGGCCUAUAAUGUCUGUAGAAUGGGAUUGUGCACAGAUCUGUAGUAUGUAUAUGUGUAUAGAGACUGUGGCUUGUGUUUGUAAGUUUAUCCUCCUCCCUCUUGCUUACCUUGGACCAAAGAGUAGGAACCUGAUGGUAGGGACCCUGAUUGGUAGUGGGUGGAGCAUUCAGUUUACACCUCCAACUGGUGGAGAUAAUUUUUAAUACAGAUCACAAGUUUCUUAUGACCCCAAAUAUUAGAAUGUGCUAGGCCAGUCAGGGAGAUCUCCAGGUAUAUUUAAAAUGCAUGGUGGGGACAACAUUUCGUCCUUAGAGCCAGGCAGCAUCAUGGCUUGGGACCAUUUUAAAUUCAAAAAGGACUGGGAUGGAGAACUGAAACUAACCAGUAUGGUCUUUUGUUUGUCUGCUACUUUACAUCCCUAUGUGAUGUAAUAUGAUGACAUGCAUUCAAUUAUGCAGUCAGAUGGGCUAUAUUCAAUAAAUGAAUUUAUGAGAUCCCAUAACAUUUCCCUGUCCAACAUCUAGACUAAAACUAAAUUAAACAGUUGUGGCUUUUGUUUUUUUGUCUUCCAGAUACGAGAACAAAAUCGACAAGAUGUGAAAUCUGCUGGACCUCAGUCUCAAUUAUUAGCUAGUGUCAUAACAGAUAAAAGCAGAAGUCCGGUAUGAUUUUAAAUUCCUUUUGAGAAGCUCAGAUGAUGAAACAAAGCAGAAAUGUUAACAAAAUCUGAUUGGCAUAAUGCAUACAUAUAGUAUAUACUGUUAUCUGGCUUAAACAGGCAUCUGUAGUUUGAAAGGCCAUAAAAGCUAAAGCUUUGCAGAUAGUCAUCCUUACCUCCAUGUUUGACACAUGUAGGCACCCAUAGUGUGUGAAAGGGUAAAAGGAAAUAACCUCUAACUGAUAAAUAGUAAAAUUUAAUAUCAAUCUUUGCUAAAUUACAGUAGACCAGAUUAUAUAUUAAAGAUCAUGUCUCAGUCAAACAAUGUUUUAACCGAAAAAGCUGUGACUAUAAAACUAGGUUAGUUCACACUUUGGUAUGAUACUAUGUCGCUAGACUGUCUGCAUCUGCGAGCUAAAAUGAGGAGGUCAUUUUAUCACCAGUUGGUAGCAACCCCUCACUUUAAUGUUUUUAUUUUGUUUGGCUGCUGGGUAAAAUUAUGGACAACUUAUAAGCAAAUGUAAAUUGUUGAUUGCCCGCCCCUGCUACAUAAAUUCAUUGAUGGCUGCAUACUUCCCUUAAUGAUGAGAGGUAUGAAAUCUACAUAUGAGGGGGUCUGGUUAGUAGGGUGCAUGACAGCUAUGUCACUAGUUAUACACAUCAGCCAGAAAAGAGACAUAGCAUUCCAGUGCAUAUACCUACCUUGAUGACAGACUGCUAGGUUGUUACACAGGCCUACCAUUGCACAGAGCACUGCUAAAUAUUCUCCAGUGAUCAAAAAUGGAAAGUAGCACAUUCAGUGAUGCUCUCAUUCUGCAACCAGUGAGAACUUUUCUAUAGUGCCCCAUAAAAUCAGACUGUCCUGGCAGAUCCAGAAUACUUUGUCAGCAAGAGGACUGGGGACAGCGUGAGGACAGCAUUGUGAGUUCUGAGAUGAAUGAAAAGGAUUAAAGUGGACAUGUCAUGUUUUGAGCUGUAGUGGUUAUGGUGACUGAUGUGUUUUCAUUAGGAAAAAAAGCAAUAACAUUUAUAGCCAUACUUUGACCCACUCUCAGCUUUUACAAUGUAGAUUUUACAUAACAGAAAAUAUAAUUGUUUCCGAUUUUCUUUUUAGUCUGCGGAAAGCAAUCUAGCUUCCAAAACAGAAAUAGAUUCAAAGGAGCAACCACAGGAAGAAACCCCAGUAGAACCAGAGCCACCAAACCCAUUUAGCCAACUGACUGACCAGGAACUGGAGGAAUACAAAAAGGAGGUGGAAAGGAAGAAGAUGGCCCCUGAUGGUUAGUAUAUUGCCAGUCAAUAUUUCCCAGUCGACUGUCAUAAGCCUUUGUUUCAUAGAUGUAUGGAAAGUUAGCCUGGUUUAUAGUCCAAGCCAGCCUUUUGGCAUAAAUAAUUCAGCUGAAAACCUACAACAGGGGUGCCCAAAAGAUACAUCCCAAAUGUUGAGAACUACCGAUUGAUAUAAAUGAAAAAAGGCAAUGUGACACACAGAGGCUGGCGCACCAUCCAUUUUGCCCCCCCGCAAGGGCACCUGGAAAAUAGUGACUCCUUUAGAGAGGUGAAUGCCCUGCUCUGUCGUACAAGUACUUUGACUCUGGCUUAGGAUCUACCGUUGACCUGCCGCAUAGAUUAUGUUUUUGCCAUUCAAAAAUGUUAGCUGGUAUAUGUGAAACAUUAGUUUCAACAUCAAUUGUAGUGACUCAGUUAUGUUAAUAUCGUCUGAAAAGCAUAACUUUGAUUUUACGAGUUGUGGAGAAUUCUCUUGCAUUAUGUUGUAAGGGCGUGGUCUUGCAGUGUGCGUAAUUGGUUGGGAUAAUACGUUGCCACCUGUGGCCCUGCUUCACUGCUGCUAAAAAUAUAUAUAAUGUGUCAUUUAUUUACAGAUUUAGGUGACAAGGAAGCAACCAUUGAGGACUCACAGCCUUCUUUGGUGACCCCACCUACAUCUCCAGCCAGAAGCCCCACAAAAACAACAGGUGUAUUUGUAUCUCCUUCAAAGUCUUCAGAAGGUAGGUAGACAUGUCUCUCUGUAACUAUCAGUUGUGUAUAUUGAUGGGAAACUCAGAAUACUUCCAUAUUUUAAAUGGCUGAAAUCAAAUAAUAUGUGCAGUCCACAUAUUUCAGAUAAGAAAAUAUCCUCUACCAAACCAUAGUGGCACAAAUCAGUUGAUCAGACCUUCACAUAUACAGUAUUAGUGCAAGUAUUUUUAAGGUCCAAUUUGUGUCCAUCAUUAAUAUCUCACUCUAUUCUCCUACUCUGUUUUUUCACUCAACCACUCUCAUUAUCUCUUUACUGUCCUUCCAUCUUCACAUUUCUUCCAUCUUCUUUACCAGGAUUUUUCUUGCUGGCUUUUUAACCAUUCCUUAUUCCCAAUUCAUUAAUUUGCUUAUUUUGUUUUUCAAUUUACCUAUAUCCGUCUUCCUAUGCAAAUCUCCUGCCCCUGUAUAUUUAUCUCUGUCAGUUUCCAAUCUCUGCUUAAAAUUGUUUUCCUUGCCAUCAUUUUUCUUCUAUUUUUCUGCAUUUUAUUUCAUAGCUCAUUUUCCCUCGACAGUUUUUUGUCCCCCUCCCUCUCUUUUAACUCUAUGGUGAACUCUUUUUAACUCUUUCCUAUCUAUAAUUCCUGUUUGUCGCCUUCAUCCACUGUCUCACCACCUUUUCCCUGCUCACCCAGUUCUGUAUCCUAGCUAUCCAUCCUAGCCAAACUGCAUUCUCUCAUCACCAUCUUUCACCUGGUUUCUCCCUUGCUUUCCAAAUAAUUCCCUGUUUUUCCCCCAUUCUAUCCAGUCUUUUAACUCCACAUUUAGUUCAGAUUUUAGUACCUUUUCAUAUCAUUCUCUUUAAGAGCAGUGUUACCCAUAAUCCUCUUUCCACAUUAUAUCACUUUCUCCUUCAGUUUUUAAAAGCAAAAAUACAAUUGUCAGGCCCUCUGCAUACUCAUCCUUUUAUACAUGGAAAAAGAGCUAAAUUACUGGAGAAUCUGAAUAUUGAAGUGAGUUGAGAGCAAAGUCCGCAAUUACUGCUACCUCCAGGUUUCUGUGACCCAUCUCUUUUAACUUACCAGCACACAUAAGAAGAAAAAUGGCAAUUGUCUUUGCAUUAAAUAGAAAGUCAUACACAUACGCACAUUAAAAGAGUAACAGAGGCCCAUUUACAGAUAACUGGUCUGGAACUCUGGCAAUUAAGCCAUGAUGAUUUAAUCGUGGCUCUGUUCACCAAGAACAGUCCCUCCAAUAAAGGGACAUGUGGUAGAUAUCCACUUGGGAAGAAACACCAAGAAGAUCCUUUUGAAAAGACAUGUCAUGGGUCACACCUUGUGUGAUUUUUUUUCGUUAGGUACUUACUUCCUAUUUAACCUUGUGCACAAACCCUAUUCAGCUGACCUGAACAUGUUCACCUUUUAAUCAAUGCAUGAACUAAUCAAUUCUUUUGGGAUACGGCAAACGAAAAGAUGAGUUAUGGGACAUCAGGUGGAGCACUGAAGUUUGCCAAUUUUGGAUAUUCACAUUGGGUAGUAAGUUAUUGAGAAAAGCAGAGUGGAUUAAACUAAAUGUUGGUUGUUUAAAAAAACCAGUAUUAUGCCAUAACUGCUUUAUAUACUGAAAUCGGUUGAUUUCUGCCUCCUGAUAGAAUGUUUCUUUUUAAUCAGUGAUAGAUAUCCUUUGCUGGUACAGAUUCCCAAGUUAAAUCAUUAAAAUGAGAAUUAUCAGAAAUUCUAAGUGAAUUUCAAAUUCAUGGCCAAAAUAGCUAAACAGGAAAAAUUCACCAUAUUUCCUCUCUAGCUACUUGUGCCUUCAAUUUGAAAUUAAUUUAGAUUUUCCAACAAUUUUUACUUUUGUGAAUCAAUCUGCCCAACUUAAUAGUAGACAUUUCGGCCUGCAACUUAACAUAUCAUAUGAUCAAUAACAGAAGCUUGUAUUUUGGGAGGAACUGACUGGGGAAUAUCUGAUGGGCAGAGCACUACCAAAAGUUUUUAGUUAAUUCACCUUGUACUUUUGUAUGCUAGUUACACAAACUAAUUUACAAAGAGUGCUGUGGAGCUUUGGAAUACAUUAGUAAACAACUAAUGUUCCAGGCUUUUGGAAAUAAGUGACAAUAGGGGAUGAAUGAGGAUCAAAAGGAUUUGGGUCUUACAUAGUCCCCUCUAAAGAGAGAUACCUGGAAAGUAUUGAAUUAGUCUGAUGCAAUUACAUAUGGAGAGGUAAGUAAUGUUCACUGAGUAAAAUACGAACAUAGUGUAUACCCUAUCUUGAAAUUGGAAACAAAAUAUAUUGGGUUUACUUAGGGGUAGUAUCUACAUUAGGCAGUGUAGAUUCUCAUUGGAAGAUUCCUGAUUGACGUCUAUGAUUGUUAUUAGUUAAAAUGGUAAUUGUUUUCAAUCAUUGUUUUAAUUUGCAGAAAUUUAGUUAUUUUUGUUACUGCAAUCUGAAGUUUGGUAUUCCAUGAAAAUGUGCAGUGUGUCUCGCUGAUAUAAAAAAUGUUGUAUGGCCAUUCACAACCUCAUAAGCCUAUGUUAAGAGGAUGGUAAGAGGUUUGUGCCUAUUAGUACCUAAAUAAACAUCUAGGCCUGUUCUCACCUUCUGUCCUAUUUUUCUAUUUCCUCCGUGAUACAUCUAGUUCUCUCUGUACUCAUUGUGAUCACACGUUGUCAUUGAGUCUUUGUGUGUGUGUCCCCACAACGUCUCCCCUUCUUUUUCCAUGUGCUCUCUCAUGGCAGGAGUCACCUCAGACUCUGAAUACCUGUCUUUGUAGUAAGUAUAGCUGACCUGCUUUGCUUCUGUGUCCAUGCCCUUAUGCUUCUUCUCCAAAAACACCAACCACCUUCCCUCUUCGAUACCUACAUUCCAGACGAUUGGUUACCAUAUAAUGCCCAAACACCACUUACAGUACCCUGUAUGCAGUUGUUGAUUCUCAUUGUGAUUCUUAUACCAAUAGUCUAAAUUGUAGGUAUUAUACAGUUCUGUUUAAUUGGAAAUCGUGUCAGGCUUCCUCACUGACACAUUGGUGGCCUGCAGUAACUACUUGAAGAAACAUUUUCUCCACAAUAUCGAUUUGGUUAAACUGUUUUUAAAUGGAUUGAUGGCAACAAAAAAUUAGACCACGGUCCUAAAUUACGUUUUUUACCUGGAAAUUACCCAGUCCAUUCACUGAACUAUCUUAACUACCUUGCAGUUUUUCUGCAUGAAGUGAAUAUGGUUUUGUAAUGUUCAUAAAGUCCCAAAAAUGUAUACAGAAAAAAGUCUUUAAGAUUUUUAGCUAUUCAUAUCUCGCCAGGAAAUGAUGUGUAACGUGGCCUAUUGCCAGACAUCAUCUGUGUUGGUAACUCAAUUCUGGAAUGUAGAUCAAUCAAACUGAAAGAUGAUAAAUCCCCCUCCAGUAGAGUUCUAAAGAAAUUUUCAUGUAAACAUAUCAAUCUAGGGAAUGUUUCUUAGGCAGGAAUAUAUUAUUUUUAUCUGUACACAUGAGAACAAAUAUUUGAAGUUUAGUCAAUGCGGAAUUUGUUGGCGCUAUAUAAAUAAUAACAUAAUAAUAACUGUCACAAGUUUACACAUGAAUUGUAAAACGAAGUCCAUGAAACCCUAUUAGUAAGAUAGCCUCCAAUUUAUCUGAGUUGACUUGUUUUUCCAACCUUUCAACUAUUUCAGCCUAAAUUUAGCUUUUCCCCUGUUGAAUCACAAGUCACUGCUUAGUGAAACUCAUUUUCCUAUUUGGUAUAGUAAAUUUAGGGUUGCAUGUUGCUAUGCUAAACUUUCAAUAUAUGUUCUCCAUGUGCUUUAAGUACAAUAUAACUAAUUCACACCCUGUUAACUAACUGCAAAUGCAGCCUUGUUACUCCGAUUAACACUCUUAACAUGAAAAAUGCACCUUUGCUUGUGUUCUUCAAUUUUAUUUAGCUGUAAACAUGCUCCAAAUAUUAAUCUUUUUGAUUUAAUUAGCAACUUUUCCAUUUUUUAUAAUGAUAGUGGAAAAAUAAUUCACAAAAACAUUAAUGUAAAUGGUGAUACCUUUAAAAGCUAUCCCAGAAGAAAGUAUGCUUUUAAUACUACAUAAGUCUCUUAGAUGGGACCUAAGUGAUCUUGAACGUUUUAACGCUAAUUCUAACUAGUUAUACUGUAAAAGUAUUCUCUGUAUUUCCACAUCUAACACAGUACCAUUCUUUACAAAAUAUGUGACCCUACUAUGAGUGUAAAAUCUGGAAUAGUAAUUGCUUCCCAAUAUCCCAUGAUUAUGCCAGUUUUCUCUUAAAAUUAGCACCUAUUGCUUUUAUUGGUAUAACAAUAUGAGAUGGGUAAAAUGAAAAGGAGAAAUUGUGUGAAGUGACUAGUAUUUUUCUUGUAUUCAGUGUUCAGUGAAUACUUUUCUUCCUCCUAAGUUUAUUAGUGGACAUUUUAGUCUUGAUGCCCAAGAAACUAUGAUGAUUCUCUAUAGGUAAUUUUAUCUUCAAGUCACCAGCAGAGAGAGGGGUUUCUAAGGCUAUCAGUGAUAUAAUAAUGUUUUAGAUUCCUAACUCCAAUUAAAAAGUCAUAAUCAUUUAUUUAUGUCAUAUGAACUAUUGAUCUUUGUAUUGUCCAUGUUUUUUGUUUGUAAAGGAGUAGAGACUAAAGAGGACAUACAAACAGCCACAGACUUAGAGACUGCAGAAGAAAAGGUCUUGCCAUCUGUGGUAUUAAAUGGAAAAGAGGAAGAUCAGUCUCGUCCUGAGGAAACUCCAGCAAAAGUCACAGACACAGAAACCCCAAAAGGAAAAAAUGAGCCACCACCCAGCGCUUCUCCAGAAGGUUCCCCCACCAAGUCACCCUCCAAAAAGAAAAAGAAAUUCCGCACACCCUCCUUCCUUAAGAAAGGAAAGAAGAAAGAAAAGGAGAAAGCAGAGUCCUGAUCUCCUGGAGUAUGAGAUCAUGAUUUUAGAAAACUGUUUCCCAUAUAGGGUAUACAACAAGCCUCUUUGCUUCCAGAGCCUCAGGUGUGGCAGCGAAGGGGGUUAAAUGUACCCCUUCAACUUAAGGACAUGAAGAUUACAUGGAAUGCUUGUUCAUGGUAGGGAUGAGUAAACGUGUCUACACAUUUCCCAAAACUCUAGAUUAUUGGUGACAUAUGAUCAACUUAAUAUUUGCCUCCAAUGUUCUUGUGUUUUCACAAAUGUCUAGAAACAUUCACUUCUCCUUAGUACCUGAUUUGUUGGUGGUGUGUGUGUUUUAGGGGACUUGUACUAACUGAGCUAAUACAUCAAAACACGUUCCCUUCCUUCUCAGACAAUCCCACUUUACUUUACAAUAAAUGAAAGUAUCUCUUUUUCUCUUUGGACCAUUUAACAAAUUUGGUAUCAGAGAAACAUCAGUGCACAUCUCUCUGCUACUGGGAAGGUAGGUUAGCGCUACAACUGAAUUGAUUACAACAUCCGAUUCCUUAAUCAUGUGUAAAGAAGAACUUGGGUUUUAUGAUUUUCCAAAAAAAAGUUCUUCUCUUUAUUAUAUCUUGGUAUUUAAGAGUAAGUUAUUUUUUUUUUCUUUUAGUCAUGUACUAGAAAUAGUAAAAGAGCAGAAGGUAAUUUUUUUCCAAAAGAUAGCUUUGUGUGGUGCAAACUAAUUUAAAGGGACACUAAAACGUGCUGAGUCUCGUUUGUUCAAGGCAAAAACUGGAAAAAAGGAUUUCUCUGGAGUAGGGACUGAAGAGUUUGUGAUAAGUUUCAUUUAGUAUUGACUGUAUGGGUAGCUUUUAGUGGCUGGAUUCUCUACAUGAGCUUGUUAAAAACCUGGUAAAAUGGAUAAACAAUACUGGAACUAUGUGAGUUGUGAUUUAGUAAAUUGUCACGGAGAGGUCAGUUCACUCAACAAGGAUAUGCAAGGUCAACUGACGUACAAAAUAUAUGUCAAAAAAAGAUGGAAUGCAAUCUCUUAUUUGGCUCAGUUGGAUUUUUUUAUUUUUACAUUUUGUAAGUCAAUUGUCAGUGCAUUGCAUUUUACUGUAUAUUGAAUAGACCAUUUGUCGAUUCAUCUUUGCAUUUAGUAUAAUCAUCAUUGGCCAGGUAGUAGUGUGCAGACAGACAAAUGGUAAUGCUUAACUUUAAGUACAUUCAAGAGAAGAAAGAAGAACUUACAUGAUGUUAGAUGCUGAAAACGUGCGAUAUUUAAUUAAUACAGUUCGCUUUCAUUAUUUGAGGGUUGGUUUCAUAAAACCACUAUAGUAAUCAAAUAUAUGUGUUAUUCAUCAUGUCUAAUUUCAGUUCUGGAAUGUAUUUAUAACUCUUGUUGGCUUUCUUAUUUUAUGUUUAUUUCCCAUAUUGAUCUGUCUAUCGUUUCCCUAUGGUAACAUUAAAAUCCCUGUAUCGUUACAAAAUUUAAUGUACCACAACAGGUGGGAUUUACCUUUAUUUUAGCUUUUUAAAGUAGGUUUUCAGUAACCCUUUUUUCCUUUUUGCUGGAGGCCGAGUAGAUAAAGACAUUUUUUUAUUUAUUAAUUUAUUUUAGAAAUAUACUGUUAUCCUAUACACAAUAACAACAGAUAAUGUUAGAACAUGUCAUGUUUUCAAGACAAUAAGUCUGCCUUUAAAUGGACAUAACAUGACUACAUUUUUAUUUUUUGGGCAAAUGAGGCCACAUCGAAAAGUAUACUCUCAAGAUCCAGACAUUUAUGGUGUGUAUCAAAGCUUCAUUAAACAUCAAAAUAAAACAGAUAAAAAAAUAAUUGUGUCUGUAAACAAAUGUUGCAACUUAAUAGCUCUACAUUCAAAAUGUCUAUAAGCUGAGACACAUACCACAUAUAUUUAUUUAGCAAUAUUUAAAGGAACAAUAUAGUGUCGAGAAUACAAACGUAUUCCUGACACUAUGGUGCUGGAAUGCAGCAUUAGGUUGUUGCCCACCCUCUCUCCGGAGAUUAAAGCUGAUUCCACUCACCUUUUUUCCUACACCACGCUGGUCUCACCGUGGCUGGCCCUGCGUGUGCCGCCUCCAUGGCUGUGAACGUCAAUUUUGAUGAUAUCGGCCAAUCCAAUGCUUUACCAUAGGAAAGGGAGGCUAUUGUGCAUGUGUAGCACUAACACAGGAGGCACCUCUAGUGGCCGCCUGAGUGACUGCCACUAGAGGUGUAACUAGCCAGCAAUGUAAGCACUGCCUUUUCACUGAGGCAAUGUUUACAGUGCUAUGGCUGCAGGGACAUAAUAUAGACACCAGAAACACUGCAUUGUAGUUCUGAUAAAUAUAGUGUCCCUUUAAUAUACUUUCAUAUAAAAUGUGACACAGUUUGCCAUAACUGUUUGCUUUCUCUUCAAUACGACUAUGUGAUAUACUCAUUGAAAAACAAGAUGCAAGUCAUUAUGGGAAAACCUAUGGAUAUUCCCUCUGGAGGCGUCUCAUAAGAUCCUGCAAGUUACUGUUUUUCAUGAUUAGACUUUAAAAGUAAUGCAAUAAAUUUUCAGGAUAACAAGCUAAUGGUAAUAAUAAAUGAAAAUCAGCAUCUAUGACAAAUAUCUUAAUAUAAAUAAGAAUAUUUUAUUUGUUGCUUUACAAAAUUAUUUAUAUUUCCCUAUUAUAUUUAAAACUGAUAUUUAAUUUUAUUAUCUUAGUAUUUUAAGUUUAGUUAUUAUUGGCUCAACUUUAAAAUGAGAAGGUUUUUUUUUUGUUUUUUUUAAACUUCCUGCAUUCUAUGUUUGUUCAAUUAUUUAAUUCCAGAGAAACUUAAAGGAAAAAAAAAAUCAAUAAUAUACAUCCGGGUGCAUAUAUAGUAAAUGUAGCUGAAGUCCACACAAUAAAUAUAGUGAUCGUGUGCUAUAAGUCUAAGCAGUUCAUGGACGCAGUUAAUGGUGCUCUGUUUACAAAAUUUCUAUCUAUCCAACCUGUAGCUUUUGGGACCAAACAGGAGCUUUUCUGCACGCACUUUUUUCUAGGAAAGCUGAGCUGGUUAUUAUCUAUUACUCACACUGCUUGCCACUUAACUGCAUCCUGUACACAUUUAGAAGCAUGGUCUAAAUUUGCUGCGUGGUUCACCGUCACGAACAUGUCACGUUGUAAGCCACUACUACUCUUAGUAAUAUGUAGAACUGCUGCAAACUGAAGUAAAACAAGGGUUAUUUCUAAACAGCAAUUCUGAGUCAAUCAGGAGAAACAUUCUAUUGGUUUCCAUGGUAAUUGCUUUACUUACACAAGUUACACUACAAUUGCUGUUUAUACAUAUCUCUUUCUCCGUUUUGUACACAGCUGUAAUUGAGCAUCUCCAAAUUCAAUGGAUUAGUAUUAAUCUCUGAUCCAAUGUCGCUUUAUGAAAUAGCAAUGGAUAACAUUUAAUUUAUCACUCAGACAUUCUUAAUCCUUCCUGUGUUAAAGGAGCGAAUGAAGCAGUUACUUGGUUUACUUUGGAGUAUGCAAAAAUUAAAUUCUCUUUGCUUGAAUGAGCCCCACUGGCAUAUUAUCUUGUCUUGUAUUCCACUUGGGAAGUGUGAUGUCUGACAAUCGUGAAAAUGAUGGUCUUUAGUCUUUCCGUAUGUAUAUAAUUUCCCAUAGAUGACAUUUCCCUGUAUUGUGAUGUCUGAAAAAAAUGUAAAUAUUAAUUUGUGCAACUGCACUGGAAUCUUUCUGCCUCUGUUUACUUCUGUACCUGCAAAAUAAACUGGCUUCGCGGUGGGAUGUGAAA